UGUAAUAAAAGACUGGUAGAUCAAGCCAAAAGAUGCAGAAUAUGAUGAUUAUGGACCAAUAAUAUUGGCGAAACACAAUAGUUAUCUUGAUCGAAUAGAAAUGGAUGCUUCGCUUUAACAACAUAACGAUAUUUUCAUGGCAUAAAGUAGGGUGCUUUAGAUUUUUAAAGGCGCAAAUAUGAUGAAGGAAGGCGAUGCAAGAUUGUUACAAGAAACAAACGAAGAAGAUUUGUGCAUAUUCUUGGAAAAAAUAAUUUCCGAGAAUGCACAAGUAUUUACAUUUCUGGAUCUAACCACCGAAGUUAAAAAGAAAUGUAUUGAAGCUAUUUUGGAGAGACUGCGAGGAAAUCUUGCAUCCAGAUGCAUAAUCCUCUGUCUACAAACACUUCGAAUCUUCAGUCGAGAGAAAGAGAGAAUGGAGACGUUGACGUCAGAUGAGAGUAUUAGAUUGAUGAUGACGUUAGCAGGUUUGAAGAAAUUUACGGAAGAGGAAGAAAUGUGUACGAGUACGAUACAGUACCGAGAUCAAGAUGUGAUUGUUGAAGCCCAGAAAUGUUUGUGUAACCUGAUAUUUAAUAGUACAGCCGUACAGAGAAAUUGUUGCCAAUGUGGUUGUGUAGAGGCUUUAGUACAAAGGUUAAAGACAUAUGGUGAUCCAGAGUUGAGAUUUGAUGUAAAGUUUUUUGACAUGAGGAUGUUAUUUUUGUUGACUGCAUUACCAAACUGUAUAGAGACGAGACCUAAGAUACGAUAUGAACUACAUGGUUUUACAUAUUUAAUGGAGGUUCUUGAUUUAACUCUGCGUGCUGCUGAAGAAAGAAAGGCAGGACUUGGUGACCAAGAUGUCGAACUUUGCUCAGAAAUAUUGAAGAUUUUGUUUAAUUUAACAAUAGAGAAAAAAUCCGCUGAUGAGGAAGAGGAAGCACAUUUUAUGCGAUUAGUGAGUAUACUUCGUGAUUUACUCAUGUGUAAAACUUUAUCUAAAGAUAAACAGGAAGAACUUCACAGUCAUACUAUAAAUCUGUUGAUCAAUAUACCAGUUGAUUUUUAUGAAGAGUUACUGACACCAUUAAAUGAAUGUGAAGUACGAGGUAUUGAAAAUAAAGAAGUGGAAUAUGAUGGUAAAAACAUGGAAGCCAUUAUCGUAUUAAUUCACUUUCUUGAUAGACGACUUGAUCGGCCUGCCAAGAAUAUGAAAGAGAAUUUAACUCCAAUUCUGCAUUGUUUAUGUGAAGCUUGUAGACACAUCAGACCCAUCCGAAAGUUCUGUAGAUCAAAGGUGCUGCCCCCGUUACGAGAGGAUGUUAGAAGGUUACCAGAAGAGGGAACAUCAUUUAGAAAUAGAUUAUGUAAAUUACUAACAUCACCUGUGACAGAAGUGAAAGAUUUGGCGGCACAUUUUCUCUUUGUUCUAUGUAAAGAGAAUGUAACAAGAAUGGUGAAGUAUACAGGUUAUGGUAAUUGUGCUGGACUAUUGUCUCAAUUUGGUCUGUUAAAAACAGACCCAGCUAAAAUCAUGGGAGACUACUCCAGUGAUUCGGAAGAUUCAGAGACUGAAGAAUAUACACAGCUUAAAGACAAAGUAAAUCCUGUAACUGGAUGUUAUGAAGAACCACGAGCUGAUCCAAUGGCUGGUAUGUCUGAUGAACAGAAAGAAUAUGAAGCAAUGAGGUUAUUGGAUGCAAUGGAUAAAUUACAAUUACAAGGCAUAAUUCAACCAAGUCGUAUAGGACCAGAUGGUAGACCGGUUCCUAUAUCUCAUGUACUGGAACUAACAGAAAACCAAGGUGCAGCAGCCAAUAAUGAGUCACAGAAGAACGAUGCUGAUUAAUUUAUACAUAUAUAUAUCUAUAUUCUAUUAACACAUACAUACACUUUCUGCUAUUUUUAACUGAGCUAUAUGAGAUUCAUUUAAUCUGUUGUCUUUAGCUGUUCGUUUGUCAACCCUACUCAACUGGACGUCAUCUCCUUUAGUUAUUACCAACCGGGGGAGGACUAGGCCUUGAAUCGUCAGAUGUGGUACUAAGGACCAUAGGGGUAAGAUACCCAUCAGCCCUCGAUUGAAUAUUUUUUUCUUCAAAUAAAUAAAAUUUAUCUUUCCAUCCGAAGAGGAAAAUGAUCUUUGCAUGGGGUGUGGGAAAGGUGAAUCAAGCUAGUUUCUAUUUCUCAUCAUGUCCCAUAUUCUUAGCCGCAGUGAGGUCCCAAUUAAACCAGCUUUGAUUCUGCUACCAAAUAAAAUAAAACUAUCAAUUUGUGAUGAAUAGAUAUUUGAUACAUGCCACUAAAAGGGGGCAUGGGUGGCCAAAUCGUUAAUAAAAGGUCUGUCAUUGAGUCAAGUGGGGUGGUUUCAAUCCCCCACUUGCAUGUGACAAGGAAUAAGGUCAUCUGUCCAACCUUAAGGAUUUUCUCCAGGACCUCUGGUUUCCUCCCACUGCUAAAGACCCCUAUGUGCAAGCAAAUUAUUGAAAUAAAAUUGAAAUAAGUCCAAACAUGACCUAGUUUGUGUCGAGUGGAGUUAGACCUCAUUUCUCUCUCUUUCCCACUAAGAGAAGCUUGACAUGAAUUUUUAAGUUGGUUGGUAUUAAGAAGAUGUUGAGUUGAGUAAUAAGGGACCGUUACAAAAUAUCCACAUUUGCAUCCAAAUGAAUAACGCAGGGAUAGAAUAUCUCCAAUCAUCUACAGCACCGAUGGAGGAAAAACAUGUUGAAAAAUAUGGAUUUUGAUGAAAGUUUAAGACAAAAUAACCAGCAUUUAAUUUGAUCAUUUUCAAUCCACGGUGUUGUUCCACACACAGGUUUAUUAUUUAGAGGUAAAUUUUGAAAUUUUGCAACGGUCCAUUAGAUUGAUAUACAGCUGUUAUUGUGUUAUAAAUUGCCAUGAUAUAAUACAGUAUUUUAUAUUAUUUAUUGUUAUAUAUAAGAUAACUCUCACGAUAUACAAUGUAUAAUUAAGUGUGUUAUUUAUUAUAGAGUUAAAUAACGUCUCACAAUAACAAUAUACAGUGUAUAAUUAAGUGUGUUAUUUAUUAUACAGGUUGUUAUGAUAUAUAAUAUAUACAUUAUACAGGUUGCUAUGGUAUAUAGUAUAUACAUUAUACAGGUUGCUAUGGUAUAUAGUAUAUAAUAUACAUUGUACUGGUAACUAUGGUAUAUAGUAUAUACAUUAUACAGUGUGCUAAGAUAUAUAGUAUAUACAUUAUUCUGGUUGCUAUGGUAUAUAGUAUAUACAUUAUACUUGUGGCUAUGGUAUGUAGUAUAUACAUCAUACUUGUGGCUAUGGUAUAUAGUAUAUUCAUAAUACAGGUUGCUAUGGUAUAUAGUAUAUACGUUAUACAGUUUACUAUGGUAUAAAGUAUAUGCACUAUACAGGUUGCUAUGGUAUAUACAUUAUUAUUAUUAUUAUAACAGAUUAUAUACCAUAUAUACCUACACAAUUCAAUGGUUCAGUCAUGGAUCAAGCUUAUAGUAUGGCUCCCACUAGACUUAAGAUUAUACACAGUUGAGUGGUUCAGUCGUUCUGAACCUGUAUCAAACUUUAUAUGCCUCCUAGUAAAUAUUGAAAUAUCUUUUUCAUAUUAAUAGCAGUAAACAGUCCAAAAAGAAAAGAAAAUCUAGAAUUAUCAUCAGCAUAUAAACUUAGAUUUAGUUUAUAAAUAUAGCUUUGAUCUGAUAUAGUAUCAAAAUAUUGUGCUUUUGAAUCUCUUUAUGUAUGGUGUAUAUUGAUAAUAAAACAUUUAUUUAUAAUCAUAAUUAAUAUGAUAAUACUUAAUUGAAUGUUGGACAUGUUGGGUCUCAGUUAAUUAGGACUAUAUAAAUAAAGAAUAUCAACUUCCAAAUGAUAUACAGGGCACAUGUUGGGUCUUAGUUAAUUAGGACUGUAUAUAAAAACGUCAACUUUCAAAUGAUAUAAGAAAAAUAUGUGGGUCUCAGUUUAUUAGGUAUUAUAAAAAAAAACAACAGUUUCCAAAUGAUAUAUAUAUAUAUAUAUACAGAACAGAUCUGUCAACAUCGUGGGUUUUCUCUGGGUCUUCUGGUGUCUUCCCACUGCUAAAGACCCAUAUGCGCAAGCGCAAUUAUUGAAAUAUAAUUGUACUAUAUGUUAAUCCCGAAAUGACCAAUAUUUAUCUCUCUUUGUAAAUGAAAAUGCUUGUUUAUAAAUGUGGAGCUUGGGACACAACAUAUUUAAGCAUGUUAAUUAGCACACUGUGCACCGUAACUUUGAUUUUCAUUGACUCUCGAUCUAUGUCCAAUAUUCGAAUCAUCUUUAGUGUUCAUAUGUAGAGUAUUUAUUGGAUGUGCACUACAAAAUGUUCAAAAUCAUGUGUACUGAAUAUAAACUGCAUGUAUGUUCAGUUUUAUAUUCUAUUGGCCAACAUUAGUCUGGAAUGUUACAAAUUUAAUGACUAAUAUAACAGUACUAUAAGCAUCAUCUGUCGGUAGGAUAACAUCAAAAUGUUGUUGGCCAACAUUAGUCUGGAAUGUUACAAAGUUUAACAUGACUCAUCUAUCAGUACCAUAUGCACCAUCUGUGUUACUAUAACAUCAAAAUGUUAUUGGCUAACAUUAGUCUGGAAUGUUACAAAGGUUAAUGACAACAGUACAAAACAAAUACAUUGUUAUUGACCAACCUUAAUCUGGAAUGUUACAAAGUUUAAUGACUCAUCUGACGGCACCACAACACAAAAACAUUGUUAUUGACCAAAACUGGUGUGUUACAAAGCUUAAUAAUUAAUCUGUCAGAAGUAUAACAUAACAGUCAAUGGUUCAUUUGAAUAGAUACUAUGUUUGUCAAUUACUAAAAGCUAUUAAAACAACAAAAUGAAUGUAUUUAACACUUUAUUUUGAUCUAAAUUAAAGAGGUUUAGCACCUUUAAACUAGUAUGAGGUCAUUCAUUCUGUGUCUAAUCAAAGAGGUUUAACUCACUUUAAAUUGGUAUUGGGUCAUUCUGUGUCUAAUCCUUUACUGUGCUACAGACAGCCAAAUUUCAGAUAUCAUAUCUCAGUAACGGUUACUUCGAUCACGCUGAAAUUGGAAUAUCAUAUUUAUCAGCCAGCAUAUGAGCAUAUAAACCAAAUUUACAGGAAAAUCAAAGGAUGUAUUAUUCAUUAUUUUGGGGUUAUUUCACCUCUUCACAUUAUUCAGGCUCUCAGAGUCUUCUGAAUAUUACUCAACUCACAACACAUGGUGGAAGUAGAAAUAUUAGUAUUGUUAAUCAUUUAGGGGAGGAUAAGGCGCUAAAUUUGUUUUAAAACAAAUUGUAUACAGUAAUUAUCUAUAGCUUGUCAAUACUCACGGUUGUUAUUUUUUGGUGCUGGCAUCUUCAUUAGAUAUUGUAUAUUGUAAUUUAUUUAGGAUACAGGGGCUUCAUACUUGUGUUCACAAGCUCCUGUGAUUUAGGAAACAUUUCGUAGAUUUAGUUAAUAUUUUGAUCAAAUUAAUUUUGACCAUAAUUGGAGUUGGCUCUGAAAUAUUUCGCUAUAAUUAUGUGUAUUGUGAUUAUGUAAGUUUGAUUUUUUUGUCAACAUUGGCUCACUGUAUCAUUGUCAAUGCAGCACCAUAACCAAAUCAGUUAAUUUGAUCAGAGUGACAAAUGCAGUCUAUUACGCAAGCCUGGAGAUAAGGCACCGGUCACAGACUUUGUCAUGUACAAAUUAUCACAUAAAUAUUAUUUAGAACCCUGGGCCCCAUUUCUCGAAAUCUUAACUAAAGAUAAAAUCCAAAUUUUAGUAGGUACUUCAGUUUUGAUUGGCUAAGCACUAAAAUCAAUCUGUUAUCCAAUCAAAUUACUAAAAUUUGCAUUUUAUCUUACUUAAAAUUUCGUGAAACGGGCCCCUGGACAUAAGGCACCUUGUCACAGACAUUUUCAGGCACAAAUUAUUAGACAAUGUAUAUGUUAUAAUAUAUACGUAGUGGGAUAAUUUGUGUCUGUGCGAGGUGCCGUAUGUUCGGGCUUGCAGUUUCAUUUUCUGGAUAUUAUUGUCCAAACAGUUGAAUCUGUAGAACAGUAUGGUCAGUGCAGAGUAAGGUCACAACCAUUUGAUUUUUUGGUUGUCGGAAACGACUGUUUACAUUUUUUUUCUUAAUUUGUAAGGAAAAAAACAUAUUUAAAUACCAAAAGUACUUGGUUGCACUAUUCAAAAGCUCUUCGGUGCAAAUAUUGAAAUUUUAAAUUAAACAUUUUUUUCAUGCGGCUAUUUGUUGAUCAAGACUCUGAAUAACUGAAAAUUAACUUGAUGUAGCCUAAAAUCAAGUGAAUCAAUUAAGAUGUUAGAUAUAUAGUUAAAUAAUGAUUUUCUUCUGGAUUUUAUGAUGUUUUGUGUAUAAUCUUGCCAAAGAAAAUUAAUUAAAUAAAUAAUUCUUAAGAUUUAUUGCUUCAAAUCAAAUAGCUUAUAAAAUAUGUAUUCAUAUUGUAUUUAAGCUAGAUUAAAAUAGCAUAUCGGUGAACAAUUGGCGCCACAGGCCUACCGUUCAAGGGGGAUAUUUUGAAUAUUAUUAUGGUUAUAAUGUUCCAACAGAAAAUUGUAUAUGAUUUGAACUGUAGGGUCUUAAAGAUAUUGGGAAUUAUUGAGCAUGGCUGGGUAGUAGCAAAAGAAAUAGCUAGUGGGCCCCAUCUUCCUAGGGUCCACGCACCAGCUCAUUCUCAGUUGCUUUUGGAAUGGGAUAUUGUCUGGGUGUUGGUGAACCCAAAGUCACAAGAAAUGGCUCCUCACCCCCUUCUCUCCCCCACUUGCUAAUUCUCGGUCGCUUUUUUGCCAGUGUUAAAAAUAAACUUCUUUAGAUAUGAUAUAUACUGUAUAGCUUUUGACCCUUUUGUGGGGAAGGAGGAAGUGUAUAGGCUACUCCUUGGGGAUGAUACUCGAUUGAACGUCUUGGAAUUGAAUUCUCUCAAUCCUCCAAAUAGUGACAAUCGAGUGAAAAGGUGGAUUUCGGAUCACAACACAUAAGAAAAUAUCUCAACCAACCAUAUUCGUUGCGUUUAAUUACGUCACGAUUCUACUCACACCACCUUCGUUGUCCGACUCGGAGAACUGUGACUGGGUUGAAUUCGGCGUCACUCGAUGGCAAUUCUUCUCCCCGUUCUGGACGUUCCGGACUGACAAUCGGGCAUACCCCAAUUGUGAUUAGCAUGCUGAUAACCUGUCUCUAAUAUAUCUACAUAAUAUACUAAAAGAUCAAAUUUUAAUGAAUUGUUGUUGUAUUGUAUAUAAUGAUUAUGACUGUUAUUAUUUUAUAUUGUGUAAUUAGCUGUGAUAUAUUUACUGUGGUUUAUGUUCAUAUAGUCAGUUAUCUCCCUUUAUUUCACCAAGCCCUGGAAGGCGUUUGAUUGGACCGAUUCCGAAUUCUGCAUUUGAGGGUUAACAGGUACGCAUGUUUAAAAUGCUUGGAAUAAGAUUUCAUAUUUAGACAGACAGAAGGGAUAAUUAUAGAGGUUAGCAAAGUUUUUUCAGAACAAAUCGGAAUUCGGAACUGCUGCAAUUAAACAUCUUGAUAAUAAUCACCUGCUCUGAUAUAUGUUAUUUCAUUUUCAACUGUUCAUUAUUUAUUUACUACUAAUCAAAGUUCAGUAUUUAAGUUCAGGAAAGAUGUCAUUGAGGGGUUGUUAGAAGAUGCUCCCAUUUACAUUUGUGCUGUUGAUCUUCUUAUUAGGGAUGUUUUAUAAAGGUAUUUGUAAGAUGCUGAUAAAAUGGAUGGGGUUAAAGAUGGCAGCCACCAGUUGUUCCCCUUUUGGCAUUUUCACUCUGUGUUAUUAGGGAUUUUUACAAAGGUAUUUGUAAGAUGUUGAUAAAAUGGAUAGGGUUGGCUAAAGAUAAUCGCGUGUUAAACAUGGCACCCACCCGUUGCUUCCCUUUUGGCAUUGUCACGCUGUGUUUGUUAUUUUUCUUGCCUGCAUAUUUCCGUAAUGGUUUUAUUAUCCCGGCUGCCCUUACUAUUUGUUUUUGAUAUAAUCAGGCAGGUUGAACUAAGCAAUAAAUUGUCAAAAUUAUUUAACAUGCUCAAAUACUUCAGGCAAGUUUUAACGCAUAAUGUAACCGUAAGACCUAUACAUUAAACCAACAGGUCAACUUGGAUGAUCCUGUGAAAAUCUAAUCCCUUUAAUCUGGUAUUUAAAAUACAAUUCAGUUUUAUAUCCUUACAUUCAUAAUAACACCAUUUUAUGGAUUUACCUCUUCGUGUUCUAUUACAUGCAACGUUUCAACACUCUUACAGGUAUCUUACUCAAGUCAGAAAAACAUUGAGCUCUCUCUCUCGGUCCUCAUGAUACUUAUUUCUGACAGAUGUCGGAGAUGGGAGCGUCAGAUAAUUGAGAUAUGGCUUAAGGGCGGGGCGAAUGUACGCACUGUCAGGAUACAGGAAUUUUCGUCAAUUCAUGUUGAUGAUAAAGGGCGUAAGACACCCUGGAAUAAUUGUAAGAGAUGGUCGUUCCCUGAAAUAAUUCUAAGAGGUGGUUACUACCCUGGAAUGGUAUAGAUAUACCACUAUUAACAACGUCAGACCCUAUCCUGGCAGACAUGCCCCAAAUGGCUAUCACAGGCUCGAUUGAGAGAGGACAGAUAUUUCGGACUGCUCUGAACGUAAAUUUAUAUCACAGUACUAGUAUCAUGUUGACCACAAUCUUUAGCUAGUCAAAGUAAAUGUAUCUUUUGUUGUAUGUAUAUAUACUGAUGUAUUAAACUGAAUUUAAUGGUAAAA